AUGUCCUCCCUCCAGGAUUUUCACUUCAUCCGCACCACUCCCAAGCCUACAUGGCUGCCUCCCUCCGUUCCCUCUGCAUCACCUCUUAUGCGCCUCGCUUCCGCUCGCUCAGCCCCCUCUCCACUUGCCUCGUCUCCCUCCUUGUCCCGCUCCCCUUCCCGCCUCACUCCUGCUGUCGUGUCAACCAUUUCAAGUCUGAGCUCGCAGCCACAGUCGUUUGAAUCCGUGGCACUCGCUGCUGUUUUCGGGCGGCUGAAGCGCCUCUCUCUGGUAUCGUGCUUCUGUCAGAAGGAGGAGGAGCUGGUGAUGCUGCUGCAUGCAUGCCCCCUAUUUCAUCUCGCUGACCUGGAUUGGCUGAAAUCAAGGCUGCCAAUGUCAGUGCGCGUGCGCAUGCCCGCAUUGGCAGACCCAUAA